AUGAAUGCACCAGAUCGGUUUGAUGUCUUUUACUUGCCACCAGGCUCACAAAAAAUGAAGAUUACACCAGACACUAAAGUUCAAAAUGCGGCAACUUUUGAGAUACUUCGAGAAGAUCAUACUAUGGGAAAUGUAAUUAGACACAAAUUGUUACAAGAACCACAGGUUAUUUUUGCUGGAUAUAAAGUUCCACAUCCAUUAGAACAUAAUGUGAUCAUAAGAGUUCAAACUACUAAUGAAACAAAACCUGAAGCCAUGGUAGCGAAAGCUUUAAAUGAUUUAAUUACGGAAGUUGGUUACCUAAGAACAAAAUUCAUGGAAGAUUUGGGUCGUGCAAGAGCUUUAGUAAUACCUCGAGAACAAAAAUCAAUGAUAGAACAAGAACCGCAAAUCAUGCAAGGUAUUCAACAACCUACCCGCGAAACUGCCAAUACGUCGGUCGGAAAUACCGGUGGCGUUGGUGUGGAUAUGGAUUUCUAA